AUGAAGAUCUUACUCCACCUUUUAAAAUGCGACGAGAAUUGGGAACUAGAGGAAUCAUCAGUACUUUUUGUAUUUGCAAGAUUAUUAAGAAGCAAAUUCUCUGAAUGGAUUGUUAUGUUUCCCGAAGUUAACAUUUGGACAGAAAGUAGUCACAAUUUGCAACGCCAAAUCAGUGAGAAAUACUACUUACCAGCGUUGAACAACUUGCUUUACCCACGAUUUUCUGCAUUCUAUAAUGUCAUUACCGCAUUACACAAGUACAAGCCACAUCCAUACUCAAAUUUGUACGAUCUCACAAUAAUAUAUAGUCACAAAACAAAAAACGGUGAAGUUUCGUAUACUCCACCAACUUUGCUUGAAAUUUUCUCAUCGCCAAGUCCUAUAACCAUCAUUGUUUAUGCAAAGAUUCGACCCAUAUCCAGGAUUCCACAAAAAAGAAAAAAAGUUGAAAGGUACCUUGAGCGUCUUUGGAAACAUAAGGAUAAGAUCAUCAGCCAGAUAGAAACUGAAAACUCCCUCCACCAAGCAGAAAAACAACCUCAGGAUAUAUCUGCUUUGUCAUUAAUUGCAAAUACGUCAAGAGGAACUCCAUUAGGUGAACAACAACAACAACAACAAUAA